CCUCGUUCAGCCAACAAACGGGGCGCUGUCGAGAAUAAAGCAUUGGUUAAAUUCUGUGCCUACCUUCCCCUCUAUCGUUUGUCAUUUUUGCAAGGUCCCUGUGCAGAAAUGGCUGUCUACGGAUUUGCCGCCGCGGCCGGCUCUUUUUCCCGUUUUAGGGGAACUGUUUUACUGAGCAGGUGGACGCUGCCAUAUUCAAGUCUUCAUGCGGGUGCGCGAUCGCUAUGCACGCGGUCUGAAACUCAACUGACUGUCAGACACCAACAAAAUGGAAUAAGGAAUAUAGUUUUGAACAAUCCCAAGAAGAGGAAUGCAUUAUCCUUGUCUAUGCUUACAUCCCUGCGGUCAGACAUCUUGGCUGACAUUGACAGUGAUGACCUCAGGGUCAUAAUUAUAUCAGCCGAGGGCCCAGUGUUCUCGUCGGGCCAUGACCUGAAGGAGCUGACGUCUGCCCAGGGGAGAGAGCACCACAGCCAGGUGUUCCAGGUGUGCUCUGAGGUCAUGACCCUGAUACAAGACAUUCCGGUUCCUGUGAUCGCCAAGGUCAACGGUGUCGCCACGGCCGCAGGGUGCCAGCUCGUUGCCAGCUGCGAUAUCGCCGUGGCGACGGAGAAAUCCACCUUUGCCACCCCGGGCGUCAACGUGGGGCUCUUCUGUUCCACGCCGGCCGUGGCCAUUGGCCGAGCCGUCCCCAGGAAGGUUGCCAUGGAGAUGCUCUUGACGGGAGCCCCCAUCUCGGCCCACGAUGCCCUGCUGCACGGGCUGGUCAGCAGGGUGGUCCCGGAGGAGCGUCUGGAGGCGGAGACCAUGGCCAUCGCCCGGCGGGUGUGCGAGUCGAGCCGCCCGGUGGUGGCCCUGGGUAAGGCCACGUUCUACCGGCAGAUGGCCCAGGGCCGGGACGCGGCCUACUCCACCGCCUCCGGGGUCAUGGUGGACAACCUGGCGCUGAGGGACGGGCAGGAGGGCAUCCGGGCCUUCCUGGAGAAACGGAAGCCCGUGUGGACAAACAGUACGGAAAAGGCACACGAGUGACUUAUUUUUCUGAAUGGGGUGGUGGGGAGGGCGGAGGACUGUGUCUCGUCUCUGUACCCCAGGGGUCAAUAUCUGCUCUGGGUGGGCAGUAGUGAUGGACGAUGUGUAAUUCCAGUCCUCUGGGUGUCUGCUACCUUAAAGGCGUAUUAAGAGCGUUUUAAAACAACCCAUUAAUUACUCAUGAGUAAGUGUUAGCCCAGAGUAAGCCCAUCCAGGCCUUUGGCUCUCCCCCGAUGGUAGGUCUUAUUUCCCAGAGGCAGUGUCUCCAUGCUGGUAUGCACCUCAUGAAUCUUUGAGUGAAAUUACUAAUCUGUAAUGCAUUUUUUAUGAAAAUGUGCUAUUGCUAAUGCAAUUGGUCUCAGGGGAGAGGAAUGUGUUUCAUGAGCUGAGUUAUGCUUCACAUGCUAUGUGGAAUAGUGUGUUUGGCAUCAACAAUUUUUUUGUGUGGGAGUUCUUUGAGUAGGGUAAAGGUGAAUCUAUAAAAAUAAAUGAGAAUGCAAUUAUUAGUUUCUCGUGUUUUCUCUGGUGUUGAGCAACUGAUUUGGUUGAGUAAUACCCACUAUUUUAUUAGCAAAAUAUUCCAUUAAAAAGAAGCCAGCCAGUAUGAAUGAUGAGGCCGCCAUUUUAGACAGUCCUACAAAGGAUGAGCACCACAGCUCAGCACCGAGUAGCAUGACAGAUCUUGAGAAGUUAGAGCAGACUAAAACCAAGUCAUUGGGUUAUGUCAGAAAUUUCCUAAAUGUUAAUAUGAGUUUGCAAAGGACAAAAAGUUGAGGAUCAAGGAGUUGAUUUGAACAUGGUACAUGUUAAGGAUGGGGCAAUAUUAGUGUUGUGUUUAGGAGCAUGGGAAAGGGUUAGGACAAGGCUUAGUCUUUGAUUUUGGAUGAUCCUAAUUUUUUCUCUGGUGUGAUUUAACACUAUAGCCUUAUAUAUUUAGAUUUUUGUCUAUUGAAACACUUUUUACAAAAUAAAUGACUACAAACAUA